AUGCAAAAACAUUUUGGUUCUCCCAUUGAUAAAAAAGCAAUGAUGCAAAGAAACAAUACAUCUCUAAGGAAUUUGGCAGAAAAGUCAAAAUUCGCCAAACAAUAACUCAGUAAAAAAAGAAGUCAAUCCAUAAAUCUAUAAGAAUAAGAUGAGCCUUCUGUUCAUAAUUCUCAACCUUUAGAGACAAUGAGGGUAUCCCAACCCAGUUUUCCCUUAGUUCAGCAAAGUCCUAAUGAAUGUUUUUAAAAAGUUCUCGGGUCUAAAGAAGGAUCGAGAGACGGUAGUGGAGAAGAAGAUGAUAGAAAUGUUGCUAACGUUAUAAAACCCUCUAAGAUUAAAAGAUUAUCUCGUAUAAAGGAUACUGAACCAUCAUAAUCUCUCAAAUUCUCACUUAUCAUAACUCAAUAAAGUAGAUUAAAAUAAACGUGGGAUGCAAUCAUUUUUAUAGUAUUAAUAUAUGUUUGUGUAUUUACACCGUAUAAGAUGACAUUCAUAGAUGAUGGAGAAUUCCCUUUUUGGGAUGACUUCGAUAACUCAAUUGACUUUUUGUUUAUGGUCGACAUCAUCUUCACAUUUCUCUGUUCUUAUUAUGAUGAAGAGAAUAAUCUAGUCAAAGAUCAUAAACUAAUUGCCAUCAACUACUUAAAAGGGUGGUUUGCUGUGGAUCUAAUAUCUUGUUUUCCAUUCUAAUUCAUAUUUCAAGAUUAUGAUAAAUCGAGAAACAUUACGAGAUUGUCAAAACUGCCAAAAAUAUAUCGAGUCAUCAAAAUGAUUAAAAUAUUUAGAAUGAUCUAAUUGAAGGAUUUAGAGUACAUAAAGGUUAUUAACAUCAAUAUAGGAAGUGAAAGAUUUCUUUAUGCAUUCUUUUUGUUGAUAUUCAGUUGUCAUAUAACUGGAUGCAUUUGGUUUUUCAUAGCAUCUCUCUCAGAAGAUCCUGAUUGGGAAUACAAUUUCAUCUCUGGAUAUGAUCAAUAUAUUGUCUCCUUGUAUUGGGCAGUAUAAACUAUUUUAACGGUUGGAUAUGGCGAUGUCAAAGUCUACAAGUGGCCUUCAUAUCUUUUUGCUAUCUUUUGGAUGUUAGUCUCAGUCUACAUAUUUUCUUUUGCUGUUGGUUCUUUAGCAUCAUUUUUAGAUAGAAUGGAUCACGCAAAUUCCAUUUAUGUUCAUAGAGUUUCUACUUUGAAGAACAUUAAAAAAGAAUUCCAUAUUUCAAAUGCUAUAUUCUAAAAGGUAAAGAAUGAAUUGAAAUCAGGUAAGAAAAACCUUUUAUUGAAUUACAAUACUCUUUUGGAAGAUCUACCUCCUUAAUUAAGGGUUGAAUUAUCAUUCAUAAUGAAUAAGUAAUUGUAAGAGGAAAUUAAAUAUUUCCAAGAUAAAGCACCUACUUUUAUAGCUGCAAUAGGACCUGUUCUAACACCAUUGAAAGUAGGAGCUCAUGAAUAUUUAUUUAUGACUGGUGAUAACGCAGAAGAAGUAUACUUUGUUAAAAGCGGAAAGCUUGCUCUAGUGAUUCCAGAUAACGAGAAUUUCAAAUUCCUAAUGAUCAAACCAGGAUCUUAUUUUGGUGAAAUUGAUAUCUUGUUUUAUGGGGAAAAAAGAAAAUACACAAUUAUGACAACAAAAAAAUGCGAAUUUUAUGUACUAUCAAAAAAGCACUUCAAACUCAUAUAUUUAAAUUAGUUCAGAGAUGAAGGAGCAAAAAUGAUUAAAGAGGCUCAAAAAAGAAAAUAAAUGAUUAAAUCAGCCUAUGAAGAAGCAAUCCAAUUUAUUGAAGUUCAUGGUGAGAAGUAAUUUAAAAGAAAUUAACAGCGUUCUUGUUCUAUUCAACUCAAACAUAUGAAUUCUGUCUCAAGCUCUAAGAGCCAGUAAGAAAUGUCAGUCUCAAAUCAAAAGUUCUAAUUAGAAAAAAUAAUUUAAGAAGAGAAUGAAGAUGAUGAUCAAGAGAGAGAAACUGAAGCCUUUAUGUCACUAAUGGAUAGAUAAUAGUUUAAAAAAAAAAUGACUCAACUUGAAAAAUAAAUCUAGUAAAAAGAUCACACCAUUUAAGCUAUCUAAUAAGAACUUGAUGAACUAAUGACUGAAAUCCAAUUGAAAAAUUUGGAUGCCUUAUAGGAGAAAAUUAAAGUGCCCAAAACUUUUGAAGAGCAUUUACAAUAACGACGCUUUUUAAAGGCCAAUCAAAAAUUAAAAGAAGAAUUGAAUAAAAGAAAAAGUAGGAAAGUUUCAUUACGUUUCUCAUUUAAGUAAACAACUUCCCUAAGUGAGUCAGAAAAUAAUCGUAAUUCACUCUCUCCUUUAAUAUUGGAUGAUGAAUAAGAUUGA